ACGGUCGGUCCACUGGCAGCCCCUUUCGUUCGGUGGCCACAGUUUGCUCAUAGAGGGCACUGAGUUCGCGCGCGUUUUCGGCUGGUUCUUCGCCGGAACCUGUUCUGAGGGAAAUACGGUCGUUCCGCUGCUGGCAAAUUGUGUUCUGGAAAUUGUCAUGAGCUCUUUUUCAUUGUCAAAAAGAGCUACCAUUCAUCCACCAGAGGUGAGGGUGUUACUUGACGGUGAAAAUCAGGAUCAGCAAGUAUACCGUCAGAAUUGUGCGUUCGUGUUUGUAUGCGAGAAAACCAUGUUAUGCUGAACUAAACCCAUGAAACAAGAUAAGCAAUUAUCGUCACAAAUCGCUGUUGGCUGUCACCUCUUGUCACUAGUGAUAGCAGCCUUGAUAAUUAAAUGUACUUUUCCCUCAUCAAAAAAUCAACCCACCUGUAAAAAACAGUUGAAGGGAAGUUUUUUUCGCUCUCUCGCGGUGUUUUGAGUGGUCAUCUUGCUCGAGUGGAGUUGAUUGGAAAAAAAUGAAAGUGUUUGUAAACAGAGGAAACAAGUUGAACAGCAUUUCGUUUGAAGCAUACUUCAGACGGCCGGUCGGACAAAGGUUAAAAGCUUCCAACAGAAUGGAAGCAGCAAUAUCCAUUUGCCCCAACUCAAUGGAAAAAUAAUAAUCUCGAAAAAUUAGCACUCCUUAAUUAUAUGUGAUCGUACGUGCAGUUCUUCGAGUCUGCCAGCGCGCGACCGUUUAGACACUCGUAAACCGUUUGAUCGUCGGUCCUGUUGGCGUGAUUGUGGCCCCGUGUCCAGACUUAUACGCGAGUUUAAAAUAAAUGCGUCUCGUAUAUAAUUUACGAAGCCUCAGAUUAUCUUUCCCGUCGCCUUUCGAAGAGGUCGGUAAAUGUGCCCCGUUUAAUUAGAAAAAGUUAAAAUUGAUCAAAUUAAGUAACGAAAAAAAAGCUGCCGCGUGAAUAUCGAUGAAGUUCAAAGUGAAGUGAUUAAUAUAAAACAAGUGCGAUUCUAGCAAAAAAGGGUUUCAUCGGCCGCCGAAUCGUCAGUACUUGGCAAAGUCAACCAGUUCCAGUCCAGUCAUCCUCGUAGCGUGCGUUUUUUAUUUCUAGUUACCGAAUUCACAAACCAGACGUGCUGCAUAAAAACUAUCCUAAAACGUCCGAAUGCCAAAUUGGCAAGUGCAAACGUCCUCGAAGCACAACCGUCUGCUCCAGUCAAAAAACGUCAUCGUCCCCCGAAACGAUAAGUAGCUGGUGUCCCACAACUGUGUGUGUACUUGGAAUUUACUUCAUAUGCAAAUGUAGAUAAACUGUAUUAACCUUAUUAGCAUGAUAGUAAAAAAUGCUAAAGUGAAGGGAGCAGUCAAUCUUAUGUUUCAGCAUAAAAUGUAACCGUCCGAAUGCGAUAUCUUCGUAAACAACUGUGGCACUAUGCAAUCCGCAAAUGGUUUUCUCAAUCCCAAGAAUACGUGACCAAUUAAUAGUGGUGAAUCCAGUUGUCUGUCUUCGUUUAUAUUGAUCGACUUUCGGCCUAAACUAUAAUUGAAACGACAUUUAGCCGAAUCACCAGGGAAGGGUUAUUAAAACACUUUUGCGAAAAGCAAAUAGUGCCAAAGAGUAAAAUUGGCUUGAAAUGAAGCGAUGAUUUCGAGUGGAAACGAGAAGUUUGUUAGUGAUGUGCUGAAUAAAUAAUCUCUAUCCAACCAAAGAAGAUGGCCGACAGCAGCUCCAGCGAGGAAGAACAGUGCCAAGGCGUUGAUUCCGAGUCAACUGUUUCGGUGCCGUCGUCUCAGUUAAAGUUGGUCCAGCGUGGUUCGGCACGGUGCCACGACUGCUAUGGCGACUGCGGCGAUUGUAUUCCUUGCUGCAAGGAUGCGGUGCACAAGUGCCACUCGGAUCCACUGACUGGUGGUAGCAGGAUGCUGCCCGGCAAGAGCUUGUUGACCCGUUCGCUGCGUUAUCCAAUUGGGCCAGCCACUCGAAAAUGUGUGCUCACACUGGACGGGUACUCGUACGUAAUCGUGGCAAGCUCACCGGAGAACAAAUUUACCAAAGAUGAUCUAGCUGCCGUGGCCUCCCGCGAGCAAACUGGGUGCUACGAAGCCACGUGUCAGGGAUCCACAAACUACGGUGCUUGCGCUUCGUCAUCAUCGCCCUUAGCGGUGUCAUCAUCCUCCGCUGCAGGGACAAAACCGCCAUUGCUACAGUUAGAACAAUCACAACAACAGCAACAACUAAGGCCAUCGUCAGGCUGCAAUUGCCAUCAACUUCACCAUCAUCAUCAUCACCACCAUCACCAUCCUCAUUGCCAUCAGUCGGCAACGACCGCUUCCACUAGCCCUGGCGUGUCUUCUCUAGGGGACUGCUGUUCACGUAAUGGACAAAUUGCAAAGCAAGGCGGUCUGACGAUUGUACGGCGUACCAACAGCAGAAAGAACACGCACACCCUGCUUCAGCAGCAGGAACCACUUGACAUUGAUACAGACUAUCAGAGCCAGCAGCAGCAGCAGCGCCAGCUACUGGAGGAGGGGGACGAGCCGCAACAGCAACCACUCUCGGCAAGUGAACUCGCGUACGUCAACAGUCAGCUAAGCCGGGAGCUCGCGAGUAUGCAACCGACGGCCGGAUCCGGAUCCGGAACGUCACCGUCUAGUGCCGUCGCCGUCGUGAGCCGCGCCGAUCCUGCCACCGGGGAUGACAUGGACAAUGUUGACUUGGCCACCGACAAUUUGCCGGCGGUCGAUACUCCAGAUGCAUGUGAUAAAGCCGCGCUAAGACUGCGAUGUCUUUUGCGGCAACUGCAGCGCGGGGAAAUAUCCGCAGAGCUGCUGCAGAAAAACCUUCACUACGCCGCCCGCGUACUUGAAGCGGUUUUUAUCGACGAGACAAAUCAGGACGAUGGUAGUGGCGGUAACGCAGGAAGCACGGGUGGUGGUGGUGGUGGUGGUAAAGCUAAUAGUAACAACGUUGGUGCCGUAGGAGAUAGUAGCAACGUCAGCAAUGUCGUCAAUAAGGAACCCCGGCGGGGCGUCACCACAUCGGCCCCGCCCACCCACAGUGGCCCAACGGGACCACCGCUCGGGAAGACCAUCAUUCAAAGGCGAAAGCUACGUGCUCCGGUCUGGGCCAGCCCAAUCCAUCGUUCCAAGUACGAUGCGAUUCCGUUUGCACAAGACCUGAAACCACCAACGUCCGAGGACGUGCACGCGCCCAUCGUUAGGCGCCUGGCCGAUGAAGACGAUGAACUGUCCGAGGUGCAGCCCGAUGCCGUUCCACCGGAAGUACGAGAAUGGUUGGCGUCGACUUUUACCCGGCAGCUUGGCACCACCCGGAAACGGUCGGACGAGAAGCCUAAAUUCCGCUCGGUGGCGCACGCCAUCCGGGCGGGUAUUUUCGUCGAUCGAAUCUAUCGGCGCAUUUCCAGCACGGCACUGAUGCAGUUCCCACCCGAGGUGGUCAAGGUAUUGAAGUGUCUGGACGACUGGUCGUUCGACGUGUUCGCCCUGGCCGAGGCCGGCAACUGCCAGCCGGUAAAGUACCUCGGGUACGAUCUGCUGAACCGGUACGGGAGCAUCCACAAGUUCAAGAUACCGCCAGCCACACUGGAAACGUUCCUAUCGCGCAUCGAAGAAGGCUACUGCCGGUUCCGUAAUCCGUACCACAAUAAUCUACACGCGGCCGAUGUUGCACAAACCGUACACCACAUCCUCUGCCAGACGGGGAUGAUGCACUGGCUGACCGAUCUGGAGAUCUUCGCCACGCUGCUAGCGGCCUUAAUACACGACUAUGAGCACACGGGGACGACCAACAAUUUCCACGUGAUGUCUGGUUCGGACACAGCGAUGCUGUAUAAUGACCGUGCCGUGUUAGAGAACCAUCACAUCAGUGCGGCGUUCCGGGUGCUGAAAGAGGACGACUGCAACGUGCUGCAGAAUCUCUCGAAAGAGGAGUAUCGCGAGUUGCGGUCGCUGAUCAUUGACAUGGUACUCGCGACCGAUAUGUCCUUCCACUUUCAGCAGCUGAAGAACAUGCGCAACCUGCUUACGCUGGCCGAGCCGCAGGUGGACAAAUCCAAGGCGCUCUCGCUGGUUCUGCACUGUUGUGAUAUUUCUCAUCCGGCCAAACGCUGGGACAUCCAUCACAAGUGGACGAUGCUACUGCUCGAGGAGUUCUUCCGGCAGGGCGAUCUCGAGCAGGAACUCGGGCUCCCCUUUAGUCCACUGUGCGAUCGUAACAACACGCUGGUGGCGGAAUCACAGAUCGGUUUUAUCGAAUUUAUCGUCGAGCCAAGUAUGGCUGUGUGUGCCGAUAUGUUAGAAAUAGUCUUAGCACCGAUAGCACCAAUCGCAAUGAAUAGUAGUAAUAGCAAAAACAACAAUAACAAUAAUACUAGCAUUAAAGAAAGUAAUACUCUAAGUGUACCGAGCAACAACAACAACAACAACAAUAACAGCAGCAGCACUAGUAAUCACGUGAAUGCAAGCAAUGAAGCAAUAAGCACUAGCGGGGGUGGUGAAGGUGGCGGCAGUGGGGGAGGCGGUGGAGGAGCAGGCGACAGUGGUACGACCGGUAGUGGCGGUGGCGAUGCUACCGACAAACCAAAGGCGAAACCGGAUGUUAAAAACGGAGCAAAGCCGGAACGAUUCGAAAUCAAGAAACCGUGGAUCACCUGUCUAGCAGAGAACAAAAAAAUCUGGAAAGAGCAGGCUCAGAGAGAUGCUGAAGCUCGUGCUGUUGCUGCGGAAGCUGCGGCCAACGCUAGCACAGAGGACAUAAUGACGGACGGAAACGAUCCGAAUGCAGCCCAGGAGGCCUCCCAAGAGGAGUAAUUUACUUUGUGGAUCAACUCUUCACUACACUGUAUACCCACUCACACAUGGGCAUACUUUGCUAUAGAGACCAGAACAAAAGCAGACUACCUAAAAUUUGAAGAAAAAAGAAAUAUUAUAGAUAAUUAAAAACCAACCACAGCAACCAGUAGAACUUUUGAUGGUAUUUUUGUGCGCAAGGAGAAUCAAAAGACAGUGCAAAUGGGAACACUGUUUAUUGUGCGUAGAGAAAGUAGCAAAUGAAAGAGCUAGCGCGUAGUUUAAAAUUAGCUUAUAGACCACCAGAGAGAAAACAAAAACUUAAAUCCCAACUAGCAUGACAAAUAUUGCAAUGAAUGUUAUAAGGAGAAAAAAAAAUCUUUCUUAAAGUCUAACAAAGCAAAGAAUUACAACACUGGGAUAGUAUUUACAAUCUCUUUACGUACAGAUACACAACACUAUUGAAAUGCACGUAAAAGUAAGUAAGACAGUGCAGUGCUGGCACCCAUUGACAAUUGAGCCGUUGAGAACGAAAGUGGUACAUGUGCCAUUAAGUAAAUUUUUCAGGAGACGCGAUAAACGAAAACACUCAAAUAGUAAAUUAUUUUCAACAAUUUUUCCCAACAUAACUGCGCUGAAUCAUUGCUGGAAAGGUGUCAAAAGACGGUACAUAAUAGGAUAACGAGUUCUGGUUGAGAAACUUACACAAACUUCAAUGGAAAAACAUAUACCACUUUUGUUCUAUGGGAAAAAUAAUGACAACCAGAAAACGUUGAGAGCAAAAGUGGUACAUGUCCAGUCUAAGCAUGAAGAAUGCAUUUGCUCGCUAAUCUUAAAACAUAGAACUCAUGUCUUCAGCAGAGUUGUUCAAGUGAUUGAGUACUAUAGAAUGAUGAUCUGUUUGUUAAGGAAUUCUGUCAUUUUGUGGCGCUAGUGUAUAUGUAACAGAAGACAUUUUAAAUAAUCUAGUUCGACUGGGGCCAAUUCAAAGGAAAAUACCCUGGUAUCUUUAGAAUUGCUAUUUGGUCGAUAAUAACUACACGAUGGACCCAGGUUCAACUUUCGGUAGACUACCGGUUGCCCUCCGGAUCCAGAAAUACCGUAGAAGAGGAAAACUGAAAAUUAUUUUGGCUAUAACUCUGGUAUAAGUUAUCAGAUCUCGGCUUUUCUUUAAUAUUGUGGUAUAUUUUUGCAUGUGAUAGUUUCGAAAAAAAAACUCGGAAAAUACAAGGACCUGUUUAUUAAAGCAGACAGUGUCUGUAGUUAUAGGAGCGACAAAUGAGUGAACUGAAAAUAUGAUACAGCCUUGGAAAAAUAUACACCGUAUCCAGAUGGGACUAGGACCUGUUUUUCAAAAUUAAUCUCGUUUACGGUAAUUCCGGAUCUUUCGGAGAGCUAUCUAAUGGUAAAUUUGAGUAACAUUCUGUCAUGAGAUCAUUUAUUUUCGUCUGGGAGUGGUUUAGAAAAAAAAGUGGGACUGUUCUUAAAAAUUAAUCUCUUUUAUGGUGGUUAACGUGGUGGCCAUCUUGGAGCAUAUUUCGUUAAAAGAUCAUUUUUCUUCUAGAAUUGGUCUCAAAAAAAAAACAGGAAGCUUUAGGAACAUUGUUGAAAAUUGACAUUUUACGCUAGUUCCGGAUCUUUCGGUGAAAUCAUUUCGUUUCUAGUCAAUCCCGCAGAAGCAGUUUCGAAAAAAUUAGGAAGCUCUAGAAUCACUUUAGAAAAUUGACCUCAAUUACGGUAUUUCUGUAACUUCCAGAAAGCUAUCGGCGGCCUGCCUAAAGCCAAACCUGGGUCCAGUGUGUAAAUAUAUAUAUAUAUAUAUAUAUAUAUAUAUAUAUAUAUAUAUAUAUAUAUAUAUAUAUAUAUAUAUAUAUAUAUAUAUAUAUAUAUAUAUAUAUAUAUAUAUAUAUAUAUAUAUAUAUAUAUAUAUAUAUCACAGACCUCAGAGAGUUAUCUUCUGAAUUGGCCACAGCAUACGAGUUGAUACUGAAAUAGAUAAAACUCUUUCUGUUACAAAAUAGUCACGGGUACACUAGCGCCACGUAGUGAGAAAAUUCCAAAACAGAUAGAUCUUCAUCUGAAAGUACUCAAUCACUUGACCAACUUUGCUGAAGACAUGAUUGUUCUAUAUCCUAAGAUCUUCGACUUACAAUUCAUCUAAUAUGCACAGACUGGACAUGUACCACUUUUGCUCUCAACGAAAAAAUGAUUGUGUUAAUUACCAAAAAUUGUUCUGGCUAUAACUUUGGUUUAGGUUAUCAGAUCUCGGUUUUUCUUGAAUAUUCUAGUAUGUUAUUGCGUUCUGCAUCAAUUCAUGCAUAAAACCCAAAAAGUGUAAAAAUGGCACAUGUACCACUUUUGCUCUCAACAGCUCAAUUGGAUAAAAACCAAUAUGCUGUAGGAAAUAUAUUUUGAAAAUCAUAUUACAACGUCUAGCAUAACAAUAGCAAAUGGAUUUGGUUUGUAUCGGAACAGCCUCUUCCACACGAUCCAAGUUGUAUAAAGUUCCGAGGAAAAAAGAAGCAGUGGAAACUGAAACUAAAGAAGUCUCUCUAUAUACAAUCAUAGAUUAACCUAGAUAACAUUUAGUUUUCCAGUCUUUUGCGUAUACGUAAGUAAUUCACACAUACACACACCGAGUACAGAACCAAGAAAAGUAGAAUAAUCGAAUAAAAUGGGCAUCUGCCGGAAACACGCAGCAACAGGUUAAAUCCGAACUAGUAUAAAUGCUUACCAAACCAAAUACAACUGUAUUUUAAUUUCCUCUCUGACAAAAAUCCCCUCUAAUCCUCUGGCGGCUAAACCCGCAGCAUCCUCUUUCGAAGUGCAAUUCAAAGCAAGAAUAAUACCAUUCUGUUGCAUCCGAGUGGGUAUUCCAGCAGCUCCACAAAUAAACUUACCUUUCGCAGCUCGGUUCGGUUAGGAGCGUUUUGUUAGAGGCUUACCAGAUUGAAUCCCUAAUUAGUGGCUGUGAAGCCAAACCAUUGUUUUGCCACAAGCCAUUUUUGCGUGCGGUUCCCCCAGCUGCAUUUUACCGAGAGCCGGGAAAACCAUUAGACCUAAUUAGGACAUGGAAAUACGAAGCGAAAGGAAUGACGCAUUAUCUACGAGUAGGACAGUUGAAAAAGGUGUAAACGGUUGAGUGUUCCAAAAGAAUCACCACCAAUCACGAUGGGGUUUUUUUUUUCAAGAUAGCGGUUGCCUUUUAUAAUGGGGGCUUUUAAUGAUUCCAAUUGAAAAGGAAAUAUUCAACCCACGGCACGACGUACUUUUCGAUUGUGCAGCACAGUGCGCAACUACCGUAGGAAAGUUUAUUCUCACGGGUAUGUUGUUCUUGGGAAUGUUUUAACUAUGAUAAAAUCAAAAGUAGGAAACUGGAGUGAGAAUCGAAAUACAUCGGAGGAUUCAACUUUUUCCAGGAACUGAUACUCUGUAAAAAAUGAUAGAAAACUGCAGUCAUGAUCGCCACUAUAAAUUUGAUGUUUUUUUUUCGGUAGGUCAACUGUAAUAGCACCACUCAACGCAACAGAAUGAUUCACUCAGUAGAUAUCCCUCGAGAAAACUACAAUAAAACCAGUCUUCAAAAAGUUACCUCUUCACAGCUGUCAGACAUUCAAUAUUUUCAAUCCUCUUCAAGAUCUAAUCUCAGUCCUGUUUUAGAAAAUAGCAGAGCACUACCAUCAAUAAGCAACAAAUAAGCCUCAGUUGCGUUUUUCUCGAUUCUUUUUCUCAAGCUUAAAAAAACGACUGAUACGAUCAAAUCAUGAUAAAAUGUUACUAGGAAAGCGAGCAACGCAAGGAAACACUAUAUAUUCUUAACAAUUUCCUCGAAUCAAAUUGAUCUAUAGAAUAUAGAAAAAAAAACACUUCAUAUACACAAUCAUCUGAGAGAGAAGAGUAAAAAUAAUUUGAAAAACUAUAUCUAAAUCCGCCCUAUUAACCGCUAAAAGCAUAUUCUAUUUAUAUACGAAAAAAGAACGAAAUAAAAGCUGUGCUUUUGUACAUAGAAAGAAUACCUUUUCACCUCUGAAAGGAGCGAAAAAGAGAGUACCAGCAGUAACUCAUCUACGAUUCAACACCUUGUUAUCUAUUUUUCCCAAAUCUCUUUACAUAUAUUAUAAAUACCAAUUAUAUAGCGGAAACAAGACCAUUUUAUACUCGAAACAACUGACACUGUAUUGGCAAGCUCAAGCUGAAGGCCUCCACUACAUGCAUUUAUCCAGGCUAUAACUAAGUAAACUUAACUAAUUCGAAGUAAUAAUGACAUCUCUCGAUUGUUUUUUCUUCUUCUUUCAAUUAAUUCAAUCUCAAAACAUUGCUAAGCAAACAGAAGUAAUCAUACACCCACAUAUAUGAAUAUACACACACACACUCACACACUAGAAUUUGCAUAGAUUUUUUCCUACAAUCAAAGGGCGAACUAAAAUCGAACCUAAUUUGCACAAAGUGUUAGCCAAGCAUGUAGUUCUCUAGUAGUCAGAAAGAAAAGAGAAAAAAUAAGUCUAUAGUUGAGUUUUUGUUUUCAGUUUGAAACCGUAAUUUAUAUUGAUUGAUAAGCAAAAAAACAAUAAAGAAAAAUAAAGAUAGUGCUAAAUGGUGUAAUCAA